AUGUCUGAAUCUUCUAAAAUGGGCCUAUUUGGCUCCAAAGAGGAAAACAGUUGUUUAAACAGUGAUCCAGCCAAUAAAGAUGAAUCUCCAGAACGUUAUGCACCAUACAGUGUUGAUAGUGAUUCAGAAACUUAUGAUACAGAAGCACUAAGCAUUAUGGAUAUCAAUGAUAUAAUUGGAGUUCAAUCAGAACCCGUUGAUUCAACUUUAGAAAGUGAAAUAGCAGCUUUGUCUAAGAUCAUCGAUUCCAAAACUGAUAUUGUUGAUAAAAAUACUAUAAAUACAAAUUUGAGUGUAAAUACAGUUGAAGCUACUCCAUCAAUUAAUUUAUUGACUAAUUCAGGAGAUAAACAAUCUGAAAGUUCUGUGAAAAAUAAUGAUAGUAAUGAUUUUCAAUUAGGUUCUAGUGAUGUUGAUACUGCAUCAAAUACAUUAAGUAUUAAUAAAAAUACAAAUGAAUUUAUUCAACAUCAAGAUACAUCAACGAAUUUUGAUAUAAAAGAAACCGGAGAAAAUUAUAAAAGUUCAAUUGUUACAGACGUAUUAAGUAUUAAUAAAAGCCUUCAAUUAAUCGGAGAUGCCUAUACGUCAGAAGAUUCCCAAGAAACAGAAUUAGAUGAAGUACGAGUUGAUGAAGAACCAAAAGUUGUAUUUUCUUGUAAACCGCUUGUGGAUAAACAAAAUAGUAAAACAGACCAUGAAGGUAAUCUUGAAGGUAUUGAAUCUAUCGACAUUCCUGUCGAUGUUCCAUCAAUUGUAGAUAUAAAUAUUGAAAAUAAUGAAAUUAUAGAAAAAUCAUCAUUAGAAUCUAUAGUCGUAGUAUCUGAUAAUGAUAAUAAAUUAAUUGAUCAAGCAAAUAAUGAUACGAACUCGUGUAAGUUGAUAUUAGAUCAAGCGAAACAAAUUGUAAGUAAAGCAACUUGUCCAGAAGACGAAUCACCAGUACAAGCACCAAUAAAUGUUUUUACUGAAUCUACAUCUUCAGUAAACGUUGCACAAUCAUAUUCACAGGACAAGGAGUCACAGAGUUUAAAAAAAGAUAGUGAUCUUUUUGUUUCCAAACAAACAAAAAUCAAGCCAGAUAAUGAAAGACAACUUUGUCAAGCUGAUUUGAGUGUCAAUAAUGUUGAAUUUUUUGGAAUCGAUUCAAAUGUUAAAGAAAAUUCUACUUUAGUCGACGAUGAAAUCGAUGAUAAUAAUCAAAAUAUUUUAACUCCUCAUUUAGAAGAAACAUCAAGCAACAUUACACAAAAUUUAGAAUCUUUAAUUACUCCAUCUGUAACGGAUGAGGAUGUUGCAAAAAAUGUAAGUACUGCUGACGAAAUAACAAAUGAAGCAAGUUCAACGACCAAUGUCACGGAGAUAAUCGAUCAGUCAACUCCUGUUAUAAUUUCAGAUUAUUCAAGUAGUGUUACUGAAAAUUUAAAUUUAAAAGAUUUAUGUGAAAAUCUUUCGUCUGAAGAUCAAACAUCGGUCGCUAAUAAUAUUCAAAUGUCAAUUGUUGAAAAAAGUGAAGAAAAUCUUUUUAAUAAUGAAAAUAAGUCCAAAGAAACAAAUGAAGUAGCCGAAGAACCUGAAAAUAAGAGUGAAACUAUGGAAAUUACGAAUAUUGAAGCAUUCGAUGUAAAAGAUAAAAUUAUUGAGGAAAGUGAAACAAUCAACGAAUGUAACAAAUCAAUAUUAUUACCAAGCUGUUCAUUUGAAAACGAAGAAGAAACAACAAAAGAUGUAAUUGAAGAAAAUACUCUUGAAUGUAUUGAUAAUAUUUUAAAUGAAACGGAACAAAACAAAACUGAUUUAAAAGAUAAUUACAUCAAAGAUUCUUCUGAGAAUAUUAAAUCAGACGUGUCUUGUGAAGAUGUAAAAUCAAUUGAAAAUGAUAAAAAUACAAAUAUAUAUUUAGAUCAUGACAACCACCAACUAUUGCUUGAAGAAAAUGAAAAAUCGGAUAUUAAUAAUGUACAAAAACCCAAUUCUUUAAUUACUAAUACAGAAAAAGAUAUACCUUUAUCAAAAUCAAACGAAAAUUCUGAAGAUCUAGAUGCCAAUAUAUUAGAACCAUCUGCUCAGAGUUUUACCGAUGAAAAUAAUGAAUUAUCAACAUUAGAAGUAACGUCCAAACCAACAGAAGAACCAAAUGAAGUUAAUUUGGCAGUAGUCGCAGCUGAUAAAAGUGAGGUUUAUCAAAUUAUACAAGAUGAUCCGGGAAUACAUUCAGAAAAAAUAAAAGAACCAAUUACUGAUUUAAAAUUAAAUCUAGAUACUCAAGAAGCUGACACUGAGACGCUUGUUGUUGAAAAUGUAGAAAACCUUUCGGAAACAGAAUCUGACGUAAUUCAUUUUAAAAGUAUUACAUCAAAAUCUAAAGACUUAAACGAGAAAAAUUGCUCGGAUUCUUUAAAGUCUGAAAACUUAGAUAAUCCGUUAGUUGGAGUAUUAGAUAUUGAUCUUACAGCAAACUUGGAGGAAUCAGUAAAUAGUAAUGAAGUUAUUGUACAUAGUGAAGUUAUUGAAGAAUCUACAGAAAAAAUUUCAUGUGAACUGGAACAAAACUCAAUUGUUGAUUUAUUACUUGUCUCAAAACCAGAAACUGAACCCAGUAACCAAAUAAACAAUUUGCUUAGUGACAUUAUGGAAACUGAAACUGAAUCUUCAGAGCUUGACUGUAAUAUAGAAAGUGAAAACGAUAAACAAACUGAAGAUUCCGACAAUAUAAAAAUACCUGGAAAUUCGGAGCAUAAAAUAUACGAAGAAGAAACAAAAUGUAUUGAAGAAGAACAAAUAAUAAACAUUAAUAAUACAACGUCAGAAAUAAAAGAGAACCUCAAUUUUAGUCAAAAUGAAAAAUUAGAAACAGAUGAAGUAAAAGAUCAAUUGGAAGACGUAAAUUCUAUCACUGAAGUCUUACAAACUAAUCCAGAAAUAUCUGAACUAGAAUCUGCAGUGAAAUUUCUUCGGGAAUCUGAAGAACAAAAUGAAUUAGAAACCAGUUUACUGUCAAAACCUCUGGAUGAUACAGCAAAUGAAUUAACUCCCGAAGAAGAGUUUUCAACGACAUACACACAAGAUCAAAAUAUUAGUCAAGACUUACCAGAAUCUGAAUCAGAAUUUGAAACCCUAACUAGUGAAUCAAUAGCAAUAUCUGAAGCUGAAAUAAUAACUGAAGCAGCUAAAUUAGAGAGUGAACGAAAACAAUUAAAUGAAGAAUCACUAGUAACAAUUAAUCAAGAUAGUAAUCUUCAAGUGAAUGAAAAAAGUAAUAUUUUGAUAACUCAAAUCCAAUCAUUAAAUGAAGAAAUUAACGCAUCAGCUGUUGACAUAAAUAUUGAGGUAAACCCAUCGCAAUGUUUAUUAACUAGAAAAACAGCAGUUAUUCCAAAAACAUCAAUUUUAGAAGAACGGUUGAAAGAACCACCAAAAAUAGAAAUCCCAGUUGUGGAUACUGCCACAGGAUAUGAUGGUCCAAUAAACCCAAGAUCAAGUUUAUUGAUUCAAAAAGAUGCAAAAAUGCCAAAUUACGAACAAUUGCUAGAAUCAUCAAAAGUUGAGAUGGAUAAAAUAAAAGACGAUAAUAAAAUAAUCGAUAAUGUGCGAAAAGAUUCUGAUAGACAUGAAGUUGAAAAUAUUAGCUCACCGUCGAGGAUUAUUUUAAAAAUAGCUAAAUCAGCUAUUGCUAGUUGUGGAGAACCCAAAUCUCCAAAAAGCCCUAAAAUACGUUCUACAACUGAUUCUCCAAAUCUUGAAGAUAGUCCUGGACAGAAGCUAGAAAAAAUAAAAUUAAAGUUAUCAAAAAGUGGACAUCCAUCGAUAAUUCCCAAUGAACUUGCAAAGGAAACAUCAAUGCAGUGGCAUACUGAAAGUUCUUCAUCACUUUCCCCUCUUGGAAUCAAAAGAAAAUUUUCAAGUGUGCAAUCAGAAACAAAAGAAACAUCAAAACAUAAAGUAGAAUCAAUUACAGAUUCUCCAAAACGGACGGAGUCUCCAAUUGCAAUGAAAAUAAAAUUAUCGAAAAGUGGAGACGCUUCAAUAAUUCAAUCCGAUACCCAAGACGAUGAAUUAAAGGAAAUGAAAAAUAAAGAAAAAAUAGAUUUUUCACAUGAAUCUAAAAGAACGGAAUCUCCACUAGGAGUUAAAAUAAAACGUCUGAAAACUAGUGAUCCAUCAAUUUCACUGUGUGAUUAUGAAGAAGGAAUCAACACAAAAGUAAAAGAAAAGAGAGACACUCAAGAUAAUCAAAAACGAACUGAUUCGCCAAUACCUGUGAAAAUGAAAUUAUCAAAGGUAGGUGGCGCUUCUAUCAUAACAGUUGACUCGACAAGCGAUUGUAAAGACAAAUUAGAAAUUCCAGAAGUUCCUCGACGGACGGAAUCACCUUUAGGAACAAAAAUAAUAAAAAUGUCAAAGACUGGAGAUGCAUCUAUCAUUUAUUCAGAGGUAUGUAAUGAUCAAAGUAAUCAAGGAUUUGAGUCAAGUCAAACAUGUAAUUUAUUCGAACCAUCAACCUCCAAAGACAUUGAUUCAACUAAUAUUUCAAAAAAAUCUGAAUCAUCUCUAGCCGUAAAAAUCAAAGUAUCAAAAGAUGGGGAAGCAAAAAUAGUUCACUCUGAAAAACAAAAUGAAAGUCAACAAUUAGUGGAAAUACAUGAUGAACAUAAUAAAAUUCAAAAAUCUGGUGAUUCAACGAGAAUUGAAUCAAUGAAAAUAAAAGUACCAAAAAGUGGCCAUCCAAUGAUUGUAACUAAUGAUACAGAAUUGUUAUACAACAAAGAUUCUUCAGACGUUCAAUGUACAUUUAUUCAGAAACGAGAACAACUUACCAAUAGAUCAGAGGUAACCAUUGAACCUAUAACUUAUAAUAGAAAACAAGAAGAAUUAUCAGAACAUCCAUUAAAACGUAAAGACGGCACUCCAAAUUCCUAUGAGUCGAAAAAAACUAAAUUAGAAGCUAAAUUGUCACAAAUUCUUCCUGAAGUUACAAUUCAGCCUAUUGUGCCAAAAGAUCAGCAACAACAAAGUCCGGCAGAUUAUAAUGAGUCAAGUGCAAGCCUGAUAAGUCGCGAGCAAAUGAAUGUUAUUAAUCAAGAAAUCAGUAUAACUCAAGUAAAAUUGGCAAAACCUUCGUCAGAUAUUAUUGGAGAAAAAUUAAAAAGUAUGUUAACUCAAUCGUCUAAUAAUAUGUCUGAUGAUUGUGAAAUAAUUGAACAAGAUCCAGAAUUAAUAAUUGUUAAUGAAAAUUCAAAUUCAAGCCAAGAUAUUAUGAUAAUUGACGAAGUAGCACCAAUAAGAGUACCAGACGUUAAAAUACCAAAAAAACGAGGGAGACCUAGACGAAAUGCUUUACCAUUUCAACGCCCAGAAACUGUUGAGAUAAAUCAAGAUCCUCUUGCAAUAGAUGAAACUUCUUAUAUUGUUGGUACUGCAGAACCUAAAGAAAAUGAAAGACCAAAAAGAACAUGUCGAAGUCAAAAGAGUUAUGCACCACCCAAACGAGGACGUGGACGCGGUCGUGGAAAAAGAAAGUUUGACCGAUCGGAUAUUGGUAUCAGUAAAAAAAUGCGACUUGAGCAAAACUUAUCGGCGAUUGAAAAUUCUACAACAGCAUUGAUAACUUUGGAUGAGGAAUCGACAUCAUCUGAAAUACAAAAUGAUUCUUCGGAGCUUUAUAAAGCACUUCGUCAACCAUUAAAAGGUAUGUUAUUAAAUUCUUUUAUACUAUCUUCAUUAGGAGAUGAUGGUACACAAUGUUCAAUACUAAACCAAUCUCGUGUAGUAGUUUCAGAUCAUCUGAAGAAAGCUAACGACUCAAACAUUAAAGAACCGAAAGAAUCUUCUGGUAUUCCAGAUCAUCAAAAUUGGUUAACCCCAUUGUCGAAAAAACAAAUCGACAACAAUCGUAAUGAUGGAAUAUCCAUGGUUCAAGUUUUGGAUGAAGAAACGCGAAUGAGUGCUGAAUCUGUUUCUAGAUCUCAAACACCUGCCAGAAAUAUUCCCAAUCAAGAAACAACAAUUAAUGAAGAAUCUCAAGGAAGUGUUAUAAGUACCGCUACAACAGAAUCAGAAAAAGUAAAAGUGAAAAAUCGAAGAAUGGAAAUAAAUUUUGAUCCAGACGAAGGGCCAUUUACAGUUGAAAAAAUAGCUGAAUAUGAAUGGCCAUUGGAUCGUAAAGGUGAAACAUUUAUGAUCCAAGAACAAAUAUCACAGUAUCUUGGUGUUAAAUCAUUUAAAAGAAAAUAUCCAGAUUUAAAAAGACGCAUGGUUGAUAUGGAAGAAAGAAAUUAUUUAAGAGAAAAUUUACUUGUUAAUGAAGCUAUGUGUGACAUGGGAUUAACUGCAAUUUGUAGCUCAGAAGUACUUGAUAUUAUGUGUAGUGAUUUUCCUGAUCAAUAUGAAGAGUAUCGUAAGCAUAUGCGUGAAAAACAAAUAAAAGAACACUCGAAAAAACAAAAAGAACUCACCGCAGCAGCUAAUGCUGAAAAAAAUCGUAUUGAUCUUGCUGAAAUGGCUGUUCAGUCAGCUUUAUCGUGGAAUGUUAACUUUAACAAAGCACGUAAUGAGUCACGAAGAUGUAGUUUAGAUCUUCAAACGUUUACUAUUCAUGUACCGACAAAACAACCUAAAAUCAAUGAUGAAAAUAAAAUUAGUCAUUAUCCAGUAGCCCUUAUUCCUGGACAGUAUACUGAUUAUUAUCGAGAGUAUACGCCGGCAGAAUUAAGAUAUUAUCCUCUAAAUACUGUUCUUUAUGGACCAAUGAGGCCUAACGAACGAAAAUUCGAUAGUCAAUCUGAAGGUUCUCAAAGUGAUAGUGACAGUGAUUCAUCUUCUGAUGAUUCCAGCUGUUCAUCUAGUGAAGGUACCCAAGAUACCGAAGAAUCACAAUCAACAAUAGAUGAUGUAGAUAUUGAAUUAUCGAACCAAAAAGAUAAAUCAUUCAAAUGCAAAAUGUGUCUCAAGCAUUUAAAUAAGAAUAAUAAAACAGAAGUUUUAAUUCAAUGUGGUACUUGCCAUGGACAUGUACAUCCAUCGUGCUUAGACUUGACUCUAGAUAUGGUUCCUCAUAUUCAUGCCUAUGCUUGGCAGUGUACAGAUUGUAAAACAUGUGCACAAUGUCAUGAUCCAGCAGAUGAAGAUAAAAUGCUCUUCUGCGAUAUGUGUGAUAGAGGAUACCACAUUUAUUGUGUUGGUUUGAGAAGAGUACCACAAGGUCGAUGGCACUGUCAAGAAUGUGCAAUUUGUGCGAGUUGUGGUUCAAGGGAAGCUGGUGGCAUGAAUGCUGACCGAAAUAGUGUAGCACAAUGGCAACAUGAGUACAAAAAAGGCGAUAAAAAUACUAGAAUUUACGUGUCUACACUCUGUGUACCUUGCUCCAAGCUAUGGAGGAAAGGUCGUUAUUGCCCACAUUGCAGUCGCUGUCAUACUGUGUCAAGACUCGACGUGGAAGAAAAUCUUGUGCACUGCAGUGCAUGCGACAAAUAUCUGCACUUAGAGUGUGUGGAGAACAAGAUAAUCGAUAGAAAAAAUUAUCAAUGUGAUGUUUGUAUGCAAAAUCGCCAACGAAUAAUUAAAUCUUCAGUAUCCAAAGCCAUUAGAGCAUAA